GGCAGACCCGAGCAGCGGCGCCAAGCACGGCCCAUGGCAUCCCCACGCCUCGGGACUUUCUGCUGCCCCACGCGGGACGCCGCCACCCAGCUGGUGCUGAGCUUCCAGCCGUGGGCGUUCCACGCGCUGUGCCUGGGCAGCGGCGCCUGCAGUCUGGCGCUCGGCCUCCUGCAGCUGCUGCCCCGGCGCCGGCCCGGGGGCCUCGGGGCCCUCUCCCCAGCCCCACCGGCCUCGGCGCGUUCCCCGGCCUCCGUCCGCAUCCUGCGCGCCAUUGCCGCCUGCGACCUGCUCGGCUGCCUGGGUAUUGUGUUCCGGUCUGUGGUGUGGUUGGGAUUCCCGGAUUUCGUUGAAAAGCACUCCGACGGGAAUGGGACGGACGUCUGGCCGGCUGUGUACUGUGUGGGGAGCGCGAUGUGGGUCCAGCUGCUGUAUAGUGCCUGCUUCUGGUGGCUGUUCUGCUACGCGGUCGACGCCUACCUCGUGAUCCGGAGAUCGGCCGGACACAGCACGAUGCUGCUCUACCGCCUCGCGGCCUGGGGCCUGGCCGCCCUGCUGUGCGUGGAGGGUGCCGUCCUGCUCUACUCCCCGUCCGUGUCCAGGUGUGAGCGAGACCUGGAGCACGCCGUCCCCCACUACGUCACCACGUACUUGCCGCUGCUGCUGGUCUUCGUGGCCAACCCCAUCCUGUUCCGGAAGACCGUGACCGCGGUGGCCUCUCUCCUAAAAGGAAGACAGGGCAUUUACACAGAGAAUGAGCGGCGGAUGGGUGCCAUGAUCAAGAUCCGGUUUUUCAAAAUAAUGCUGGUUUUCAUCAUUUGUUGGCUGCCGAACGUCAUCAAUGAGAGCCUUCUCUUCUAUCUCGAAAUGCAAGCAGACAUCAACGGCAGCGCUUUGAAACCUGUCAGAAAUGCGGCCAAGACCACGUGGUUUAUUAUGGGGAUACUGAAUCCGGCCCAAGGAUUUCUCUUGUCCUUGGCCUUCUACGGCUGGACGGGCUGCUGCCUGGAGAUUCGGUCCCCCAGGAAGGAGAUCCAGUGGGAGUCCGUGGCGACGUCCGCUUGUGAGCGGACCUGCCUGUCCGCCGAGGGCUCCCACAUGCCCUGUGAGCGUCCGACCUGCAGGAAGGUGGCAGGGGUCGGCGGGCACACGUCGGACGAGGCGCUGAGCAUGCUGUCUGAAGGUUCUGAGGCCAGCACAGUUGAACUCCACGUCGCCCGUGAGCCCCGCCACGGAAGGGAGGUUGACUCUGUUCCCCAGCCCCAGGGAGGCCUGUGAGGGGUGGGACGGGAGUCCGGACGCCACGUCCUCAGCCUCCGUUUCUCGGUCUUCGGAACCGUGUUCUGCCCGCAGAUCUGCUGCUCCCACCCGGUCAGGGUUUCCUCCCGAGGAGUCUCUCUGCGGAGAGGAUCUGCGAGCAGGGCCGGGAGCCGAGGGGAGCGGCUUCUCCGGACGCUCGUGGCCCUUCGCUUUUCCGAGGGGGCCGCCGGCCACGGGCGCGCAGAUCCAGGCCUUCGCAACUCGAGUCAAUAAACGAGCGUAGCUGUAACCGAGCCCGGCCUGCGCGCGUGCUCCUCUCCGAACCGCACCCCU